AUGAGUGAAAUGAUUGGAAUUACUGAAGAGGAUUGGAUUAUAUGUUUUGGUAUUAUUAAAAAUAGGAACAAAGCUUUAUGGAAUACCUUGACUUCCAAAUAUGGACCUGCUAUUGAGGUCAAGGAAUUAAUUACUAUAAAGGAAUCUGUGGAUUCAAAGGUUUUGUAUACAUUGGUUCCAUCUGAAUUACAAUUCUUAAACAAUAAUAUUGCUUUAUUUAUGCAAAUCGAACCAAUAUAUAAUUAUUUGAUGAAUUGGAAAAGUGAUCUGAAAAAUAAUAUUUACUCAAAUAUUGAAAUAAUAAAGAGUUUUAAAGAUGAGAUUACUCAUAAAGAUAUUAUUAACUGGUAUUUUUUACGCUACAAAGUCCUUUUGAUCUUGAAAACUUUAAGUUAUCAAAGUAAGGAUAAAAUAUUCUUAAAUAACCUAUUCAAAUGUUUCCAAAUACUAAUUGUUUCUCAUUUCUCGUUUAAUGAAGAUAUGCCCACAAACUACGUCAGGACUGUUACAGAAACAAUGAUAUUUAGAUUCCUCAAGAAUAAUCUUUUAACGAAUAUAAAAGGUCAAAAACAAGAAUACGGUAGAAUAAUUAAACCAUUUUUGAAAAAAUGCAAUAAUAAUCAUAAAACAUUAAAUACAAAUGCCAGAAAAUUCGCAAAAAUUCAUUUUAGAACUGUGACACAUAUUUUAAACUUAUCCCUUCUAGAUACCAAUGUUGAAUUGAAUAAUAUGAAAUCACUUGUUAUUAUAGAAAAUAUAUGCCUUCUAAUUGAAAGUUUGUCUCAUCUGCUAAUCCUAAUCAACGGUGUCAUAGUAAAUAAAAAUCCCAAGAAAGCAUACGAAAAGAUUUAUUUGAAACGAUUAAAAAUUAUUUCAAAUAAGUACAUCAAUGACAUAUCCAAUGAGUUUAAUAAAGUUCAUUUAUCACCAAAACAAAAAUAUAAAUUUUUAAAUAUUUCAAUUGAUACUUUGCUAACCGUGAUUUCUCAAAUAAAUUGGAAGAUAAUUCAAGAUAGACAAAACUACCAAUCGCAAAUGUUUCUUAAAAAGAUCGAUUCUAAAAGGAUCUCAAUCCAAAGUAUUUUACUGAUGUCAGGAGACCUUGACUUAACAGCAACGUUUAGACUAACCAACUGGCCGCAGAUUCGAUAA